CCAAUAUGGCUGCUUGCGAGAAAAGGACGAGACUUGACGAGACUUCCGGCGAGAUGUAAAUAUUGAAAAAAUUCUACUUUCUUUUUCUUUCUACCAUUGUCUACUUUAUAGUAAUUAUGGACUCGAAUAUCAAUGAUGUAGACGAGAAAAAAGAAAUUGACAAUCUUGAGGAUCUCGAGACACUUGAACCAUUACCAAAAAGAAUCAAAAUUGAAGAAAAUGAGCCAAAUGAAAAAGAUGAAAAAAAAUUGGGGGAAGAAAUUCAAACUGAAACUCAAACUUCUCAAAAUCAAGGUGAAAACAAAGACGAAGCAUCAAAAGCAGCAGGGCCAUCUGCUCCUGCACCAACAGUAGAAGAAGCUGAAACUGGUGAGGAACAAGGGGAGGAUAGCAAGCAAUCUAAGAAGGAAAAGCAAGAGGAAGAACGAAAGAAAAUGCAGGUUCUUGUGUCCAACUUCUCAGAGGAUCAGCUAAACAGGUAUGAGAUGUACAGACGAGCAGCUUUCCCAAAGGCGGCAAUCAAGAAGUUGAUGUCUUCAGUGACAGGAUCUAUACCAUCACAGAAUGUUGUCAUAGCAAUGGCAGGCAUAUCCAAAGUUUUUGUUGGAGAACUUGUCGAAGAAGCCUUAAAUGUGAUCGAACAGUGGAAUGAGAAGCCACCUAUACAACCUAAGCACCUGAGGGAAGCAACAAGGAGGCUUAAACACAAAGGACUGUUUCCAAACUCUAAACACAAACAGAAAUUAUUCUUAUAAUAUAGGAAAUGGGAUGGAUUAUUUUAUCAUCAACGUCUCUGAUAUAUCUCUAUCAUCAUCACCACCAUGACAUUACCCUGAGAUCACAGAAAAACCACACUACAAUUUGACGAGGAUCGAUCAUUUAGAAUUUGGAGAUCAAUGAAUCAGAAACUACUGUAGGCCCAUGAUAAUUAUAUGCAUGUAGCUUGAUAAUACAGAAAUCGCCAUGGCUGAGCAAUGACAAACUCUGAUUGACUCAUUACAUGUGGAGGUUUAUCGCUAAAUUUAAAGUAUGUGUGCUGUGCGCAUCUAUACCGUAAAUCCUAUGUUCGACUUUUAUUUAACAGUUGUAUUCUCACAUGUUUAUACAUGUGACAACUUGUGGGGCAAUUAAGAUCAUUAUCAAGUUAUUAAAUGUUGUUUGCGUAGGCUGUUGUAUUUUAGUUGUAGUUAUAGAAAAGACUGGUAGGCUUGCAAUUGAAAUAAAAAUAAAUACACUGGGUGUAUGAGUGAGUGUAUAGGCAGGUAUGAGUCAGACGAAUUUUAAAGAAAAUUUUUUUGCACAAUAUCUGAAUAAAAUUGUGAAAAUGAUGAAUACAAGUACAGGGGUUUCAUGAGCAGCAGCCAACAGGCGAUUUUCCUUAGGGACUUUUAACUUUUCCAUGUUAAAUUUAUGA